AUGGAACAAGAGGGCUCUCAGCUUGAGAAGCUUCUGACCCAGUGCAAGAGCAAUGCAGACGUCGACGUCAAGGUCGACGCGCUGAACAAGUUGCAAGCCCUAUUCGAGGCGGGGACGGAGAUCGACGACCCUGAUGGCCUAAUUAACGUCCUCAAGACUUGCUUACGGACCUCAAAUCUGCAUCUUCUCAGCGCCGCCGUGGCCGCGAUACCCCCCGCCCUUCCAAUACUCUUCUCUCGGAAUGUAACAUAUGCCCAUACCCCUCCCGGACGCCCUCGCUCAGCGAUGUCGUCCAACUCCAGUGUUGCGUCUGGUGUACUGGACAUGACACUUUUGCGGCACACGCUCAACGCAUUCUUACCUCCAGGAGGUCUGAUUGAGCGACUCGGAGACAAGGAACGCGUACAGCAGAAGGCCCGCGAAGCGCUCGUGCUCCUUGGCGGAUAUGCGUUUCGCGCAGGUGGCACGAGUACGCUCUCGACACGGCGAGAUGGGCGGGGGGUUGAGACGCCCUUGAUGAUAUUUGAGCGGUUCCUCCGCGAAGCAGGCUUGACUAGCAAAGUAUGGAAAGUGCGCGAGCAAUCGAUAUUGACGCUCGUGCACAUCCGGCGUUCGCACCAUCAAUUCCCUCUACGGCCCUUCCUGCCCAUUCUCGUGGGUGCACUAGAGGACACAGAUGCGCAUGUACGCGACUGCGCUCGCGUGUCUGUCGUCGAGCUCUUCACGGGCCCUGCAGUCACAGACGCCGCACGCGCUGACCUGAAGAAGGAACUGGCGAAGAAAGGUGUUCGCAAGACUAUCGCUGACUCCGUCUUGGCACAAGUGCUCUCCGGCGCUUCAGCACCGCAGGUGCAGAUACCCGACUCAUCCGACGGCGGCGAGGCAUCAAAGCCCAAGGAAUAUAUACCCCCGAGCAUCGCGCUACAAUCCCGAAAACCUUCCUCGACCAAUUCAACGGGUCCCCUUCCUCGGACAGCGAGCUCAAGUACGAUACCGCGCCCUCCGAGCCGGGCUGCUGUCGCAUCACCACCGCUGCAAGCGCCCCCGAGCAACGAGAAUGCAGAAGUCCGCCCUGUAUAUAUCGCUUCUAGUCGAGAUCUGGAAAAUGAGUUUGCGCAGGCUGCACCUGCCUUCGAGGGCAAAGAAAGCGAGCACAAUUGGGCUGCUCGCGAAGGCACUAUUGUCCGUGUACGCGGCAUGCUCAAGGGUGAAGUGCAUCUCAAGUACCCCGAUACCUUCUUCGCGUGCCUCAAAGACGACUUCAUCAAAUUGUCGCUCAAGACACUUGCGAGCUUACGGACCACGGUCGCUGUUCACACCUGCCAACUCUACUCAGAGCUCGCCGUCGCCCUUGGCUCAGCUUUGGACCCAUUCGCCGAGGUUCUCCUUACAAAUCUCCUGGGAAUGUCCGGAUUCACCAAGAAGAUCACCGCCCAAGAGUCGCAAGCCACCGUCACCACGAUCAUCACACAUACGACACCUCCUCCGCGCGCUAUCAUACCUCUUCUGUGGCACACAAUGCAAGAGAAGAGUGUACAAUCACGAACUUACGCUGUCGCGCACAUCAAGCACUACGUGGAGGUUCACGGGCAGCGUGCUAGGGCUGCGAUCGAGUCGCACGGCUUCGUGGACAUACUCGAAAAGGCGGUCAAGAAGAGCGUCAGCGAUGCGAACCCGUCUUGCCGAGAGAAAGCACGCAUCGCUUUCUGGUCAUUUGAGUCGGUGUGGCCGGACAGGGGCGCGGUUAUCCUCGAUGCUCUGGACAACCAGGCACGCAAAGCAGUAGAGAAAGCAUGCCCGGAUCCUUCUCGGUUGGCUACUUUGUCUGUGGCUGCGCCGACGCAACCGAAGAAGAGCAGCGUUGCCGCCGCCAUCGCCGCCAGCCGGGCAAAGGCGAGGGCGAUUGCGAACGCGCCUCCUACUCUACGACACCAGGCAACGUCAGGGUCUCAUACGACGCCUGCACGACGCGCAGGAUCGCCCAGCACAUCUCCGAAGCUAUCGCAAUCUGUUAACCGCCCUGCCUCUCCUCUGUCUCCACCAUCAGCACGGAGCCGCAUCGUCUCCAAUGGUGUACCACGGCCGCCGCUUGCGACGAGCACCUCUCAAACGCGGACGACGAGCUCAGGGAGAGCCUCGCCUACAUCGCCACCGAUGAACCGGCGUACCUCCUCGCCGCUGGCUUCCCCAACUCAGCCCUCGUCUGGCUUCCGACGAGCGGUCAAUACGGCUCUUCCGGCGUCGCCACCCCCUGCGCGGCGAGACAUGUCGCUGUCACCGCCGCGGCGUAUGCCGAAUGGUACUGCUCGAGGCGCAGCUGUACCACUCCCUCGACCGUCCAUCAACGAGCUGUUUGCAUCGGACGAUCAGUCGCUAUUACUUGCUUCUGGCAUCCCAGUGCCGGACGACAGUGAUUCGGAGGGCUCAAUCAACUUGAUGACCUUCUCGUCGCCCAUUCCGAUGGAGAAGCGUGCAAAGCCCCGUGGACCCAAGUCGACAUCGCAGGAACAUUCUCUGUCGCCUGAGUCCUCGACAUCCAUGCUCUCGACGCCAAUCCGGAACACGCUGUCGUCGGACUCGAUUGCGGAUAUGGUGAACAAGCCAGCGGUGGUGGAAGAUGUGCUCAGCGCGAACGCUGAGCAGGCAAUGAGCGCUGCGGAGCGUCUCCUUGAGCUCAACGACUCUGAGGAUGGGAUGGACGUCUUCCCUAUCCCUUCGUCGCUCCUUGUGGGGAAGGUAAAUGGGAAUGGUGCAGCAACGCCAAAGCCAAUGAAGGUGCCCAAGCAACAGAAGCUCUCGCCUGCGCCCUUAUCGUCACAGCCGCCGAGAGCGCCGGUGACGCCAAUGAACCGAAACACGAUGAUCCUCAGGCAAGCGUCGCUGUUCAAGGACAGCCCUGUCAAUGGAGCUCGUUCAGCGUCUCUGAUGGAUGUCCUGCAAGACCGCAGGCAGGAGACUGGAUGGUGGUUGAAGCGCAAAGCUUUGAUGUCCCAAGGCACUCCACUGAAGAGUAGCGAUUCGGAGGUCGCAAGCGAGCUGAACGCGUACAUAGCGCAACUGGAAGGCGACGAUUGGGAUGUACGGACUCUUCAGAAGUUGGCUCUCAUCUGCAAGGAGCGGCCUGCAGCUCCUAGCGCGUCACCGCCUCUCAGCCCGCGGCUCGAUGAACCCACCAAUCCUUUCGCGCCGCCGGAGUCGGACAACAGCGAGCUGUGGAAGCAAGGCAGGGCUUUCGACAGGUUAUUCGAGUCCCUGCUGAAGGCUUUGAACCCUGAGCGGGCGGAAGAGGAGCUCGAGUAUGGGCUGAUCCUUCUCUGGGAGAUCCUCGAGAACCAGUGGUCCUUGCUGGAAGGUCGCGAGGGCGACGCCUUUUCUGCUCUUUUCCAGGCGCGCUACAGCAACAAGGUCAACGUCUUGGAGGCCACCAACAGUUUGCGCGAUGCGUUGUGCGCCCGUAUGGGCCCGGUGUACGGGAUCACUACGUUGCACGCCAGCCUCAAAGUCUUCCAUGCGGAGAAGCCUUCUCCCACUGCCGAUGAAACCAUUAAAGCGCAAAGCUAUGCAUUCGGGCUAAUGGCUCUGGGCAAGCUCAUCCUGCGCGUUCCGGCGGAGAUCGUAGAAGAGGAGCUCCCGCGCUUGAAGUCUACGCUGAUCGAAGGCUUGAAUGAUAAGUCGUCGCUCGUAGUACGCGAGUCUGCCGCUGCGGUCAUCAUCGCGGCGCAGAUGGUCAUGCGUGACGAAACACACCUGUUCGCCCUCCUCGACGGCCUCGCAGACGAGAAGAAGAACCUAUUGACGUACUUGUUCGACAAGCAUGGAGCCCGGGGUACAACGGCAGGGAUGGACAAGUUGGAGAAGGAGAUGCGGCGAUUGGAUACGAGGACGAGCACGCCGCCUCGUCGCACAUAAGCCCUGCAAGCUUCGUGCCACCUCUUUCUCGAUGUCUUCUUUCUGUUUGGGCUCUCCCCUUUCAUCAGACUACUUCCCCUGCUACGGGUUUAAUCCGAUGCGACAUCCUCGCAUUUGCGCAUUAUAUCACAGUAAGUUCGGAUACCUUCAGUUUCAAUCCAGCAAGUCUCGUUGUAUACAUACAAUAUAUGUCCUCGGCAUCGCUUCGUUCUCGCAUGUUUUCGUAGUUACAUACCUCUCCUCUCCUUGACUUAUGCUUAUGAUCUUUUAUGCCCCGAAUCAUUGUCGCCCUAUGCCGGACUGGUGAGCAUAAGCGUGGCAAGGACAUGCGUCAAGAAAGAAAUACAGCCACAGUACAUUUUGUGCGUAUAUUGUGCUGAAUUAAG